UCCUUUCUAACGGUGGAGAGCCCAUAGCAAGCGACAAAGAACUCUUCAAAGGAAGAAACCUUCUAUUUUUGAAGAAGAAAUUUCAAAAUACUCAAAUUGAUCAGCAGAAGCAGAUUCAACGGAAGCUCCAAGUCCAAUGCCCUCCUGUUCCUUUCUCCUCUUCACCUCCAUCUGUGCUUAGCGUUCCUUGCAUUUAUUUCUGAAUCACGAGCGGUGCGCACAUUGAAGCCCUCGCAGGCUUCUCCAUCUGCGCCUAGCCCCGGCACGUAGCCCGAUGAUCCAUAGAGGACGAAUCGCCGGCGGUUUGGGAAUGCGAAGUUAAGGGUCCUGGAUGCUACUACUUUAGUCGCAUCGUGGUCGUCUGAAGUGCAGCAGCGAUUGAACCAUCGGCGAUCGGGUCCGAUCAUGGCGGUGGUUGAGAAUACGGACGGCUCAGAUCUUUCUUCGAGCCGCGAAGUCGACGCCGUUGGGGCGAAAGAGGAGGAGAUUGACUAUUUGGGAGAGGCGCGGAUCACUGUUCCUUUGAUGCGGCCACACCAUGACUCGUCCUUCACGGACUUCCAACGUAAGGUCUUCAAGCCGCCGAUGGCUCAACAGCGGCCUGGGAAGGCGGCCGCGCCGACGCCUCAGCUGCCCAAUGGCGUUAGCAGAGGAAACGAUGAGGAUGGGUUCAAACAGGACAUGAGGGAUCUGGAGGAGCUGCUAUCUAAGCUGAACCCCAUGGCUGCGGAGUUUGUGCCACCAUCGCACAUCAACCAUGCAUCCAAGGGAUUUGGGGACGGUGGCAGCUUCUUCUCUAACAACGGCGGGUUACAUGAUUUAUAUCCGAACAGCGGUUAUCCAAACGGCGGCUAUCCCAAUGCUGUCAAUACAAAUGGUGGUAGGCGGGGGAAGAAUGGUUACAGUCAAGGGAAAAGACGGAUGAACAACCGAACUAGUAUGGCUCAACGAGAAGAUACAAUUAGAAGGACUGUCUAUGUUUCUGACAUUGAUCACCAGGUAACUGAAGAAGAGCUUGCAGCACUUUUUGUGAGCUGUGGACAGGUUGUUGAUUGUCGUGUAUGUGGUGACCCAAACUCAGUUCUUCGUUUUGCUUUCGUUGAGUUCACCGAUGAGGAGGGUGCAAGGGCCUCCUUAAGUCUUUCUGGAACAAUGCUUGGGUUUUACCCAGUGAGAGUUCUUCCUUCCAAAACUGCAAUUGCACCUGUAGAUCCAAAAUACUUGCCAAGGUCUGAAGAUGAGCGUGAAAUGUGCACAAGAACCAUUUAUUGUACAAAUAUUGAUAGCAAGAUCACCCAAGCUGAGGUCAAACUUUUCUUUGAAACAGUUUGUGGACCGGUCUAUCGCUUGAGGCUUCUUGGAGAUUACCAUAAUGCCACUCGAAUUGCUUUUGUUGAAUUUGCAAGGGCUGAAAGUGCAAUUGCUGCUCUCAAUUGUAGUGGAGCAGUAUUGGGGUCCUUCCAGUUAAGGGUGAGCCCUUCGAAGACUCCGGUGCGGCCUCGAGCAACUCGGUCACCCAUGUCUUGAAUCUAGGUCCGUAUGAUUAGAUAGUUCUUAAAACUAAUGCAUAUAUAUAUCAUGGAGGAAAUGCAUACUUCAGUUGUUCUCUUAAGUUUUACUUUUUUUUUUUUCUUCUGAUGAGUACUUAGGUUAGAUUUCUCUUUUACUGGCAUCUUGAGGAACAUCUAGGCUGAGAAGUUUGCCCCUGCAGACGAUUAAAAUUGUAUGGUUCAAUAUCUAUUAGUGAAGCAUUUGGAGGUUUCAGCGAUU